UUCUGGCCCUUUACGCGCCCAUCCAGUGUUUUGUGAGAUCGCGCGGCCGCGCGCAGCUCGGAGAACAGGCGCGUGUGUGAUUGGCUCAUUCCCUUUGUGGGUUGCGUUUCGGGGACGUUCGCGUUGGCCCGUAAAUUACAGAAUUUCAAUCUGUACAUUGAGAUGCAUCCCGGAAAACUGUUUCCACUACUGUAAUAUUUACAAUACUGUAAUGUUUACAAUAACUUUACUAAGUCUCGUGGUUAUUUUACGGGAUAGUUAAUUACAAGUGCCGAAUUCGAGCAACUGCUUGCUGGAAGGCUUUUAUUUUGACAGCGGGAGUUUGACCCGGAAAUCACUGACCGUGGCGACACCGGAAUCGUCGGCAGUCAAGUCACCUGGCAUUACUUGUUUAAUUUUUUAUUUUUAACAAAAUCCUCUGCUGCACAACGUUGUCUUGAAUUUUGCACGAACCGAAGGGUGAUGUUUAGGAGUGUUUUCAGGUGCCUUAGGACCAACCCUGUCGCUGACCAAAGAAGGAUGUCUCUAAGCAGCCUUGCUGGGAAGGUUGCCAUAGUCACCGCCUCUACAGAUGGAAUCGGUCUAGCUGCAGCUCAGGCUCUGGGGAAGCGAGGGGCCCACGUGGUGGUGAGCAGCCGGCGACAGGCCAACGUGGACAAGGCUGUGGCGCUGCUGCAGGGCCAGAGCAUCCGAGUGACCGGGACCACGUGCAACGUCGGCAAAGGAGAAGACAGAGAAAGGCUGGUGCAAACGACACUGGAGAAGUGCGGGGGCAUCGACAUCCUGGUGUCCAACGCGGCCGUCAACCCUUUCUUCGGAAACAUCAUGGACUCCACGGAGGACGUCUGGGACAAGAUCCUGUCUGUGAACGUAAAAGCAGCCUUCCUCAUGACCAAGUUGGUGGUGCCUCACAUGGCGGAGAGGGGAGGGGGAAAUGUGGUAUUUGUGUCAUCUGUGGCCGGAUACCAACCAAUGCAGGCGUUGGGUCCGUACAGCGUCAGCAAGACGGCUCUGUUGGGUCUGACCCGGGCGCUGGCCCCCGAGCUGGCUCAGAGCAACAUAAGGGUGAACUGCGUGGCCCCCGGAGUCAUCAAGACCCGCUUCAGCUCUGCGUUAUGGCAAAAUGAAGACGUCGUAGACGAGUUCAAGAAGCAGCUCAGCAUCAAACGAAUCGGAGAGCCGGAGGAAAUCGGAGGAGUGAUCGCCUUCCUGUGCUCCGAGGAGGCUUCCUACAUCACCGGAGAGACCGUCACGGUGACCGGAGGGAUGAGCUGUCGGCUCUGAGCCCCCGGCGGCAACCGAACAAAUUUUGCACUCAAAGGGGCAGUAAGCGAUUUUAGUUAAAGUUUGUUUGUUGUCGAUUUUUUUGGACCGCACUGGUCGGGGCUUGAACCCGCAGCAUCGGGUGUGGGAGACGGCCGCGCUAACCACGAGGCCAAAACCCCGGAGUCGAAGCAUCUGUCGCUAGCACGUCUAUUACGGUGUCAGGGUAGUGACGUGAAUGAAGUCUGCACCACUUUUUGUUUUCAAUUUGCGGAGCUGAAAAACACAGAAACUAAAAUUCUGCACAUGCACAGAACCGACAGCUAAUGGACCCCAAGGAAAUAUUCCUUGGAUGAAAAUCGCUUACUGCCCCUUUAUUUGUGUUUUUUUUGUGAAGAUUAUUUUCGUUUGUAUUUUGAUUAGUCCUCUUCAGUGAUGGUACAGCUCAUUAUUUGCCAGGAUACUGUAAAAAGAAAUCAACCUAUCAUUGAAGAUGUGUUAAAUUUGUAAUAUUAUGUGAAAAGAUUUUUAAUUGCAACAAAUUAAAAGUUGCAAACAAA